AUGAAGUGGGUAAACCGCCUCUUCCACAACCCAGGAGAUGGUGCUCAGUACAGGAGUGUCCCCGGAAUGGAUCGCGGCGACGAGUUCCAAAGCGAUAAGACAACCACCCUUAGACCCAACAACUGGUUGUUCUCAUGGCCGUCAUUGAUAUCGCGCACUCGUCUGUCUGUCACCGGUCGAGUGUCUCUCUUGUUAUCUAUGGUGCUGGUCGUCAGCGUCAUAUUUUCAACACCGACCACUAAUGAGCUACCACUCUCUACUCCAACCUCCAACUCUACAUCAAACUUUCUUCAUCUUCUAAUCCCAGCUACGUCGAGUCGUGAGCAUGGGCUAUGCCGGAACGUUUUCAGCGCCGCGGUCCUUGGUUACCCGACACCUAGACUCAUCAACUGGGGUAACACCAAGGCCCCAGCUCCAGGCGGGGAUGAAUAUGACGGAACCCAUCUUGCCAAAAUUACCGGGCUUCUGUCCUAUCUGGAUGCCCUAGGCCCUGAAUCAGAUCAAGAAUUGAUCUUGAUGGUGGAUGGAUUUGACCUAUGGUUCCAGCUGCCACCCAACGUUCUUAUCGACCGAUACCAGCGCAUAGUUAAUCGUCAUAAUAUGCGCAUACGUCGCCGUUUGGGCCGAGCCAUGGAUCGGCAAGGCAUCAGGCAAUCGAUCAUUAUGAACUCCCAGAAUAUGUGUUGGCCUCAAGACAAUCAAGCGCCCGUUUGCUCUGUGGUGCCGGAGUCAGAAGUGCCGCCUGACAUCUAUGGCAAAGGGAAAACUGAUAAGUCCCCACGGAGUACGCGUAACCGCUGGUUGAAUUCUGGGUUCAUGAUGGGCCCGGUCGGUGAUGUACGCAAGCUUCUCAAAGCUGUAAACAACAUGAUUCUACAGACUCCUGGUCGAGGCUCCGAUCAGGCAGCUUUCAAUGAAGUCUUCGGGCAGCAAGAGUACUUCCGAGAGCUCGUAAGGGACUGGCAUCUUACAGCGCCACAGCGUUUGAUGGCACGCGUAAACAGCGCAUUUGGUAUUGUGGACGAACGCAGCAAAAAGGUGCUGGGUACCAAAUCAACAUUCUGGCCUACAAGUGACAUAGCAAUUUCUGAUGAUUAUGAAUUUCAUCUUGGCCCAGACUACCUAAGCGAACUCGUCCAGACCCUGGACAACCGAGCUGAGGAUAUGGACUGGCAUGUCUUUUCUAAACCCGAGGAGGUGGUCAAGUGGACGGAAGAAAAAGGCCUUCCUACCCCGGUUCGUAUCGGCGACUUGCCCGUCGACAUAGCACGCUCUGAGCCUCCCUUUUCCACUCUAAAGGGUUACAAGAAUGCUACCAACAGUGGUGCUGAUAACGAUGAUCAAGGUACUCUCGAAGACCUAAAUCUUGCUCGACGGUCAUGGUCCGACGUUCGCCUUUAUACUAACCUGUAUACCGGGGUUGUCCCGUCCACGAUACAUUUCAACCGUCCUAAAUACAAGAUGGAUACCGAUUGGGACAAGAUUUGGAUGUUCCCACAUCUCCGAGAUCUACUCAGUGCACGUGUACGCGCACCUCGAGAACCUGUUGCAGUGAUCCCAGAGCAGUCAGGUUUACCUAGGCAAGUGUGGUGGAGCCCAAUUGACAGCAAGGGUGGUAUGAUUGGUGACAAUAGCUCAACUCCAGUAUGGGUGAGCUGGGAGGAGGCCUGUAAUGGAGAAGCGGUUCAGGAUAAGGUCUUCGUGGACGAGAAGGGUUUGUGGGUUGAUCCACGUUCACCACUACCGGCAACGUAG